AUGCCUCUUUCAAACGAAUUAUGGCGGCGUCAACUCGAUGAUCAUCUCGACGUGUACGUGCGGCGCCAUAUCGCACAGGACGCAAUGGAGUAUUCAGCAGCUGAGAUGGAGACGAUCUUCAAAGAACACCUCAAUCCGGUCUCAGAACUCACAUCCUUUGCCCUAUUUGAACAAUCCGGUCCGCUCGAAACGUUCAUAGAGCGUAGUAACGUUCAAAAAGAUCUCUCAGAGGGUAAUUCUGCACUCUCGACCGAGAAGUGGCAGACCUCGAAGAUUGUCAUGGACUACCUUAAAGGUAUUGUCAACCUAAACUCCUUGAAGAAUGAGAAGUCCGAGAGAACAUCGCAGCUGUGGAAUAUAGAAAUACCGCCCACGUCGACUCGAUUUGUACAACCCUUACUCAGUCAGGUUGCAAUGAGGGAAACGCCUUUUGACUGCGACAACAAUAUAGUGGAUUACUCAAGUCAAGGAUCUAGUCAUAGCAAUCAGCGCGGUCGAAAGUCUCAAUUAGCAAGUACAUUGGCCAUCCCCAAUGUGUCUUGUCUCUUCAAGACAUUCCCCACCGAGGAAGAGAUUCCUCUAUCCGAUUUUGAUCGGAUGGCUCUCACUGAACCUCGUUUGCGUAUCUCGCGGGAGGAUACUACCUCGGUUCUCUCUUUGGUGAAGAGUAUUCCUUUCUCUGCCGCUGUUCCCAAGGAAGAUGUCCUGCGAUCGACUCGCACUAUCUCGUUCAACGAUAACGAUGGCUUGAUGGAAGGCAUCCUUCCUUUCACACCCCCACUAUUUCCUCGAAAGGAGAAAUCCCUUUCAAUAAUCCAGAGAACGGGAAACUCACUCAAAUCUGACAUCGCCCCUCUUCUCUCCCCGGUAAGAACACAGGAUAACUCAGAGAUGAAUAUGCAGACGCAGAUGAUGGAAUUAAUUGAUGGGUUUGAAAUGCCGUCGCCUACUCCAACAAUUGUGUAUGGAACCUCUGAAAAUGACACUGGUAACUUUGCUUCAGAAGAGAAUGAACAUGGAGAGUUCCCAAGUUCGCCCUCGAUCGGCACCAAUAUCCUCGCCAAGUUGCUCGAUGGUAGAAUAGAAAAGGUGCUUCUGCCGCGAACAGAAGAAUUACCAUCUCUCCAGACUCGUACAACAACGUCAUACCACUUCACAGACCAGAGCUUUGUGACGACACUCACUGGGGUCCUCGAAGGCGGAAUGGAUGUCCCUUUGCCCUCGUCUCCCCGUCUCCCAGGGCAAGCAGACCACGAAAGGGUAUCCGAGGUAUUAUGCUCAGAUAUAGCUCGCUCCUUGGAUUCCCUGGGUGGAGGGAUGACGAGCAUGGACGUCUAUUCGCUCAUCUCAGGGGAAACACUUGAGGAUCAAGAGAGCUCGAUACUCUUACCAGUCCCAAAUCUCACGUUAUCCCACGAAUCGGCCCGCAAGGGUCGACUGUUGCCGCAGGUUUUGGCAGAUCUACGGUUCCUGCCGCUAGAUGUGCCUUUGGGCCCCUCCCAUCCUUCGAUCAAACCUUCUUGUUUCUUGGAGCCGACCGGAAGUGUUGUAUCACUCGCAUUGUCGCUUUCUUGGCAGCCUUUCUACUACAAAGGCAACUUUUUCUCAGACGAAACUGUGUGCAUGGUCGACCAGCUGCUAUCCUCAACCGGUGACGGUGAAGCGCGCCAUCUCUUAGACGCAUAUGCCUCACUUUCCGGCGUUUCUAGUCCAGAAACCUGGCCAGAGUAUCUGCUCGAUAACGAAUUUAGCUUUCACGAAUGGCCAGAUGAUCGCAUUUUGCUCAGUCGACGCGAGCAAAUUUCACAGAACGCCCUUGGUAUUCCUGGAGUCUCCAGAAAGACAAGCCGGACGGUCACUGACGGUAUUUCUCGCCCCAGUAGUCCACCUGCAGCGUUUCCACCGCCUCCAGAGCUUCCGUUCCCAUCGCCGUUUAGAAGGUCAGAAAUCCGUGUAGAUGGUGUUAUAGAAGCGGAGAGCGGGACAUCUCGUGGCGUCCAAUCUGACGGCGGGUCUCCGCAUAUUCAACCAUUUGCACCGGGUGAUGGUCAUAUUGCGAGUAUAUCUACUCCAAAUAAUUUCUCGCUGUUCGUGGAUGAGUCACCUCGAACGGAGCAAAGAGAAAUUAUCAACACUCCCCCGACCUGGUCCAGUCGUGCGUCGCUGCACCAGUAUCUCGCUCAGCGUGGAGUUGUCACUCAAGCUGAUCGAGGUGAAACGGGUAGCUUGGAGCCUGGAGAAGGCGACUCUCUCCGUCACAACGAUCCAAAUGAUGCACAUUCGCUCGAGACCAACGCCUCAGCAAAAGAGAUGCCACUUUUGUCUGCGUUUCUCAGCACCAAUAUCGCGCUUCCAAAAGUAUGGACGGUGCCAAGUGACUCCCAUCGCUAUCUCUGUUCCAUCCACACCGUUCAGCGCCGCGCGCUUGCUCAAAGCCUAAAGGAGGAGUGCAAUGUUGACCUCUACGAGCUCUCUAAUAUGAUUCAUCCGGAUAUUGUCGUUGACUCGCACAGCGCCGUCCUCUUCAUAACCUUGAGCGACAUUCCUAGCACCCUCGACACCUUGACCUCGGAGAUCAGUGAGCUGGCAUAUGGAUUCAGUCGUAUACUGGUUAUUCUAGAAUCUUUCCCAGCUGAUCGCGCCCAAUUCUCUACCGAGAGAUGGAAAGACGGGCACUGGGCGCAGUUAACAAUGUUCACAAAGACGAUCAGCGAAACGUGCUUGAAGCUCAAGAACAAAGUCAACAUCAAACUAGGGCUACUCGACCAUGACGAGCAUUUGGAAAGGUCUGAGGAAACCUCUAGUGGACAAGCCUUGGGCGAUACUUCGGUUGAAUUUGUCAUCUCAUUAGCUAUAGAGGACAGCGCGAGGUUCGUUCGAAUCUUUGGAGACUAUUCAGCAGGAUUGGUCACUCCUCUGGAGCGAGCUAAGCUCGGCGGUGCGCGGCAAGAAGAAGUCGCAUCAUGCAUACUCGGUCGGUACCGCGGGAUGAACGUCUUUACGGCUCUCGCCAUUGCUUCGGUGACCCCCCUCAGCAACUUCGUUGCUAUGAGCUCACAGGAAAAGCUGCAUAGCUUUGGUACACUUGUCGGGAAUGAACGGAUGAUUCUUUUUGACAAGACCUAUAGACGCGCAGUGGGUGAUACGUAA